GCUCGGUGCCGGCAGUAAUGAGGGAGAAGCUGUUUAGUCAUCUCUCUAUAUAUACUUUCACAAUGAUGAUCACAUUUACUGAUUGCUCCUGACUGCAUUUGGAGAGGGAGGCAGCAGGCAGGCAGCACAGCUCCCCUUCCAUCCCGAGGAGUCACCGCUGCCCUUCCUCCCCGCUCCCCACACCCAGCCCCACUUCUGGGCUUUCCUUGCCAGUUUCAGAUGGAGCUGCUCUGACCGCCAGCAGGACCCAGCAGCACCCCGAGGCUCGUCCCCAGUAACGGCCCGGGCCCAGCAUGGCAGCGGGAGUGGCGGCGUGGCUGCCCUUGCCCUUCGCCAGGGCGGCCGCCAUAGGAUGGAUGCCGGUGGCCAACUGCCCCAUGCCGCUGGCUCCGGCGGAGAAGAACAAGAGGCAGGAUGAGCUGAUCAUCCUCAACGUGAGCGGCAGGCGCUUCCAGACCUGGAGGACUACACUGGAGAGGUACCCCGACACUCUCCUGGGCAGCACGGAGAAGGAGUUCUUCUUCAACGAAGACACCAAGGAGUACUUCUUCGACCGCGACCCCGAGGUCUUCAGGUGCAUCCUCAACUUUUACCGAACCGGCAAGCUGCACUACCCCCGGUACGAGUGCAUCUCCGCCUACGACGAAGAGCUCGCCUUCUACGGGAUCCUGCCCGAGAUCAUCGGGGACUGCUGCUACGAGGAGUACAAGGACAGGAAGCGGGAGAACGCGGAGCGGCUGAUGGACGACAACGACUCGGAGAACAACCAGGAGGGCUCGGCGCCCUCGCUGAGCUUCCGGCAGACCAUGUGGCGAGCCUUCGAGAACCCCCACACCAGCACCUUGGCCUUAGUCUUCUACUACGUCACCGGCUUCUUCAUCGCCGUCUCGGUGAUCACCAACGUGGUGGAGACGGUGCCGUGCGGCAACGCGCCGGGCAGCAAGGAGCUGCCGUGCGGGGAGCGCUACGCCGUGGCCUUCUUCUGCCUGGACACGGCCUGCGUGAUGAUCUUCACCGUGGAGUACCUGCUGCGGCUCUUCGCCGCCCCCAGCCGCUACCGCUUCGUGCGCAGCGUCAUGAGCAUCAUCGACGUGGUGGCCAUCAUGCCCUACUACAUCGGCCUGGUCAUGACCAACAACGAGGACGUCAGCGGCGCCUUCGUCACCCUGAGGGUUUUUCGGGUUUUCAGGAUUUUCAAGUUCUCCCGCCACUCCCAAGGCCUGCGAAUCUUGGGCUACACGUUGAAGAGCUGUGCGUCCGAGCUUGGCUUUCUGCUCUUUUCCCUCACCAUGGCAAUCAUCAUCUUUGCCACUGUGAUGUUUUAUGCGGAGAAAGGGUCCUCGGCGAGCAAAUUCACCAGUAUUCCUGCUUCCUUUUGGUACACUAUCGUAACCAUGACAACACUGGGGUACGGGGACAUGGUGCCCAAGACCAUCGCAGGGAAGAUCUUCGGCUCCAUCUGCUCGCUCAGCGGGGUGCUGGUGAUCGCGCUGCCCGUGCCCGUCAUCGUCUCCAACUUCAGCCGCAUCUACCACCAGAACCAGCGCGCCGACAAGCGCCGGGCUCAGAAGAGGGGUAAACUGGCGAGGAUCCGCGUGGCCAAGACCGGCAGCUCCAACGCGUACCUGCACAGCAAACGCAACGGGCUCCUCAACGAGGCGCUGGAGCUCGCGGGAUCCACCGAGGAGGAGCAGCACAUGACUAAAGGCACCUCGUUAAUCGAAAGCCAACACCACCAUCUGCUGCACUGCCUGGAGAAAACAACCGGAUUGUCCUAUCUUGUGGAUGAUCCCCUGUUAUCUGUACGAACUUCCACCAUCAAGAACCACGAGUUCAUCGACGAGCAGCUGUUCGAGCAGAACUGCAUGGAGAGCUCCAUGCAGAACUACCCCUCGUCGCGGAGCCCGUCGCUGUCCAGCCACGCGGGGCUCAGCACGUCCUGCUGCUCGCGGCGCCACAAGAAGAGCUCGCACCUGCCCAACUCCAGCGUGCCGGCCACGCGGCUGCGGAGCAUGCAGGAGCUCAGCACCAUCCACAUCCAGUGCAGCGAGCAGCCCUCGCUCACCACCAGUCGUUCCAGCCUCAACAUGAAGUCAGACGAGGGGCUGAGGCCGAACUGCAAAGCGGCGCAGAUCACCACAGCCAUCAUCAGCAUCCCCACGCCGCCGGCGCUGACCCCCGAGGGCGAGAGCCGGCCCGGCCCGGGCAGCCCCGGCCCCGCCGCGCUGCCCAACAUCGUCAAGGUGUCCGCCUUGUAGCGGGGCCGGUGCGGGGCGGCACCGGGCACCGAGCCCCGAGCCCGAGAACCGAGCCCCGAGC